UUUAGGAGUUGUAGUAAUGAUUAUUUUUGUACACAGAGCGUAGCACAAACAUUACCAUAGCAUUAUUUAGUUGUAUACGUGCCUACAGGCGACCAAAGACACGUGUUUGUGGAUGUAAUAACUGCUGACAAGAUGAAAAUUGCAAUUACUUCUCAAAUCACCGGUCUUUGCAUUUACUGGAUUCUUAUGCUCGUGAACGGUUGCUCUGAGAGCAGAGAACGGGAAACACAGUCUUUAGAAGUGCGUGCGAACACCGCCGAGACCAUCGUUUACGCGCAGGCGAUGAGAAUUUACCCGAUGGCUAAUUCCGGUGGAAAAGCGUCUGAAAGAGUUUACACCACCGAGUUUCGACUGAUAUGUCCGCUGAAGAAUGUUUACAACAUCGUUCAUACUUUGGAAGAACAGGCUCUACACAGAAGGGAAGGCGACGAUGAUUUGUAUUUUAACGUUACGAGGAUGGGAUAUAACAGUGGUUGGUGCCUCAAGGUUGAAGCGAUUAUUGGCAAAGCUUACUUCAUCUUUAUCCGACCACUGGAAGUAGCUGAGGAGAACGGAAAGAAACCACAGAUGUUUGUACCUGAUCUUGUUAAUAUGCAAAGCCCAAUCAUAAACGACACAGAAGAGCACAGGAUCCGACUCGAGCGUUUUAUUAGUGAUGGGGAGUGCCCGCUACCACAUAUGACAGGGGAGGACAGGAAUAAACAUCUUCCGAUGCCGAGACAGCGACAUGUGGGAGAGGAAGAGACAUCAGAGCAUGGCGAUCAACCUCCGCCAUCUGAGUACAGCCAGGAGCACGAGUACAUCGAGCAUAUCGAAGAGGAAAGGAACUGGGAGAGAAAUGAGACAACAACAGUGGACCCAACGGGAGAAGAAGGGAAAACUGGAAAACGAGAGUUGAACACAACAGGUCGCCCUGAUAGUAAUCCUCGCAUCCUAAAUCUCCCUACGCAGAUUGCAGUCACUCUUCCGGAUCCGGUGUCAUCGUUAAAUUCUGUCGAGACCACAACGAGCGGUUGCGUACCAAGCAGACACAACUUAACGAUGUGGUUUGCAUUUUUUGCGCUACUUUUAUACAUACUUGCGUAA